CUCGGUGCCACCGGCAGCCCCGGGAGCGGCGGCGGGAUGCGGGCGGCGGUGCCGGUGUCGGUGUGCUGGCUGGGCGCUGCGCUGCUGGCGGCGGGGCGCAGCCUGCCCCGGCUCCGCCUGCCCUACCGCGAGCUUUUGGGCACCAACCGCUCCGUCCUUUUCUUCGGCCACCAAGGCUUCCUGGGCUUCCGCUCCCUGUACCUGGAUGAGUACCGCGACCGGCUCUUCAUCGGGGGGAAGGAUGUGCUCUACUCCCUGCUCCUGGACGGGGCCGGCGCAGACACCAAGGAGAUCUACUGGCCGCCCCUCCCUGGGCAGACGGAGGAGUGUUUUCGGAAGGGGAAGGACCCAGGGACCGACUGCGCCAACUACAUCCGUGUGCUGCACCCCUACAACCGAACACACUUGCUGGCUUGCGGGACGGGUGCCUUCCACCCUGUCUGCGCCUUCGUCUACGUGGGGCACCGCGGCGAGCACACCUUCAGCCUGGAUCCCACCAGCGUGGAGACCGGCCGGGGCAGGUGCCCGCACGAGCCCAGCCGCGCUUUCGCCAGCACUGUCAUCGGCGGGGAGCUGUACGCCGGCCUCACCGCAGAUUUCUUGGGCCGCGAUCCCGGCAUCUUCCGCAGCAUGGGGACCCGCUCUGCCUUGCGCACCGAAGUGGACCAGCGCUUACUCAACGAUCCCAAAUUUGUGGCAGCCCACUUGAUCCCAGACAACGAUGACCGGGACAAUGACAAAGCCUAUUUCUUCUUCACGGAGAAGGUGAUGGAGGCAGACAGCAAGGAGCACGCCAUUGUCAGCCGGGUGGCGCGGGUCUGUGUGAACGAUGCUGGUGGCCAGAGGGUGCUGGUGAACAAGUGGAGUACCUUCAACAAAGCCCGGUUGGUGUGCUCUGUCCCUGGCCCCGGUGGCAUCGACACCCAUUUUGAUGAGCUGGAGGAUAUCUUCUUGCUGAGGACAAAGGAUGGGAAGAGCCCUGAGAUCUACGCCCUCUUCAGCACUAUCAGCCAUGUCUUCCAGGGCUCCGCUGUCUGUGUGUACCGCAUGGCCGACAUCCGGGAGGUCUUCAAUGGGCCCUUUGCCCACCGGGAGACCCCCCACCACCAGUGGGGUGCCUACGAGGGCAGGGUGCCCUACCCACGGCCAGGCGUGUGUCCCAGUAAGACCACCAACCAGCCCCGGCGGCAGUACGGCACCACCAAGGACUUUCCUGACGAGGUGCUGCACUUUGCCCGCGCACACCCCCUCAUGUACAAGCCCGUGUACCCCCGGCACCGCCGGCCCCUCCUAGUGAAGACCAACCUGCCCCACCGCCUGCGCCAGCUCGUGGUGGACCGGGUGGAGGCCGAGGAUGGGCAGCAUGACGUCCUCUUCCUCGGGACGGACGCAGGCUCAGUGCUGAAGGUGGUGGUCCUGCAGAAGACAAGCUUGGCCACGACCGAGGAAGUCGUCCUGGAGGAGCUGCAGGUUUUUAAGGCACCUGUACCCAUCACCCAGAUGGAGAUCUCCGUCAAGCGCCAAACGCUCUACGUGGGUUCCAGCCUGGGGGUGGCCCAGGUACGGCUGCACCAGUGCGAGACCUACGGCACGGCUUGUGCUGAAUGCUGCCUGGCCAGGGAUCCCUACUGCGCCUGGGACGGCACCGCCUGCACCCGCUACCAGCCCUCUGGCAAGCGCCGCUAUCGCCGCCAGGACGUCCGCCACAGCAACCCUGUGCACCAGUGUCUGGACCAGAACCUGACUGUGGAUGAUUUUGAGAGCGUUGAGGAGAAGGUGCUUUAUGGGGCAGAGGACAACAGCACCUUCCUGGAGUGCGUGCCCCGGUCCCCGCAGGCCAGCGUGCAGUGGUUCGUCCAGAGGCCCCCCGAUGAGCAGCGGGACGAGGUGAAGACAGAUGAGCGGAUCCUGCAGACGGAGCAAGGGCUGCUCUUCCGCAAGCUGCACCGCCAUGAUGCCGGCGUCUACUACUGCAAAACACUGGAGCACGGCUUCACCCAGACGGUGGCCAAGACGGCCUUGGAGGUGAUUGCCAGUGAGCAGCUGGCACACACCUUCCCCCGGGAGCGGGGGGAUGAGUCCCCACGCCUGCCUUGCCCCGAGCUCCGGAUGGUGCCUCAGGCUCCCAAAACUUGGUUCAAGGAUAUCAUGCACCUCAUCAGCUCCCAAAACCUGCGGCGAGUGGAGGAGUACUGCGCCCGCCUCUGGUGUGGCAGCCGCCCCCACCACCGCAAGAGCAAGCUGGCCCAGGCCAAGCACGCACUGGCCGGCGUGGACGUGGGCAAGAAGGGACGGACGGCCAAACCCCACGGCGAGAGGAACCGCGUGCCCCGGCAAGCGGCAGCCACUUAGAGAGGGCAGGGUAAUGGACGUGGGGUGGCCGUGGGCAAGGACCAGCUCCCCGUGCUGCUGGCAGCCCUGGGGACCUCCUGCCCUGGCGGGUGGCUUGCAGCGGCACCAGCUUGGUCCCCCCCGGCCGCGGUGAUGGGAUGCCAGGCCCAGCUCCUGGGCAGGUCCCUGUCACCCUCGGUGGCUGCAGGGCCACCUCCAAAAUGGGACGCAUUGGCCCCCCCUUACUCUCGCUGGGUUCUGCGGCAGGUGCGGGGCCACGGUCACUGGGGCGGGUUGGGGCUCGGCACGUGCGGUGCCACCGCGGUGCCGUCACCCCAGGGAGCUUGCUGGCUGGCUUUCUCCGCAAAUAAAGGGGCCGAGCGCGGCGCCGCGGGGAGCGGCUGACAGCUCCAGGCUCUUUCCAUGCCAGCACGGGGCCUGGGGAAGAUGAUGCCUGCACUCACGGAGCAGGGGGAAAACUGAGCAUCACCCCAAAAAGCCUCUGUGUCCAGGAUGAGCCCUGUCAUCCGCUGUGCCUGGGGAGCCAGAGCCGGGCCAUGCCGCCCAGGGCAUACCCUGGUGGACAGGGCUCCUUCCGACCUUCCCUGUGGUACCAGGACACACUCAGCAGUGCCAGCGUGUGUCUGGGUGCAGCUCCCCGCUUCCCCUCCAUCCCCACCCCAGCCACUGACCGUUUUAGGGCUGGGCAGGGUCGAGGAGGAAAGUAAACGGCUGUGGGCAGGUUAGACCCGUUCCUGGGUAAACACGGGAGAGGCACCGAUGCCACCGCCAUCACUGUGCGAUGCCACCGCCAUCACUGUGCCCAGGCGAGAGCGGGGACAUGCAGAAGAAGGUGGCCCCAGCACAGUUUUAGGGGGCUGCACCACAGCCCAGGUGUGUUUCUGGUGGUGGGUCUAAACCAGCACCCAGAGCCUCCCCCAAAUGCAGGGGUUUGGGGGGGUAGGUGCAUGGAGAGCACCCCCAGGCUGCCAACACCAUCCUAGGCUGCCGGCAAGGUGCUCGCUUGCUUUCCUCGCACAACAUGAGCUCACUCGCCUCACCCGGUCAGCCUGGGGUGAUAAAGAUCUCCCCCUUCCUGAGGCAGGGCAGCCCCACACAAUGGUGUGAACCGCGGCCCUGCAGGGACGGGCAUUGUUCAGAGGCAGAGGAACGGGAAAGAAAAAUAAUAAUAAUAAUUAAACCCCCUAAAUAGCUCAUGCAAA